CUGUCUGGUUGAAGUUGUUAUUGAAGUUGAUAACAAACUACUAAUGUGAAUACGAAUACGGCAUGCCCCAAGGAUUCUUUUGGUCUCUGCUUCCCCUCAAGCUCUGGCGAGCUGCUCUUGCUCCAUUUUGAUGUUGGAACAGCAGAUGAACUCCCUCUGAAGCAAAUGUCAUGCCAGUAAAGAUGUUGAAGCAGCAAGAAAAAUCAUCUCUGUCUCUGAAGACUGAAUUGGAGACCUUUGUGAAUGAGAUGUUCUUAAAAUAGCUCCACAGCAUGUUAUCUCCCCUAGAAGGUCUCUCUUGCUUACUGUUGGACUUACAGACCGAAUCUGUGAAGAUAAUUAAAGUUCCUUUGCUCUGAAAGCUGUGAAGGUGAGUACCUAUCUGCUGCUGAUGCAUCUCAGCUCAAAAAUUAAGGUGAAAGGCUUGGUAAUGGCCCCACUACCAAAUGCUGAAUUAGUUCAGAACUCUUUGCAGUUAUAUCGUUACCUGCUUCGAUGCUGUAAGCAACUUCCUGAAGAGAACAUUCGUCAGCAUUACAGACAUGCAGUUAGGCAGAGUUUCAAAGUUCAUGCCGAUGAAGAUAGUCCUGAGCGAAUCCAGCAGAUUAUUAAGAGAGCCAUUGAAGAUGCUGACUGGGUCAUGAACAAAUAUAAAAAACAGAAGUAGAAGAAGAAUGAUGAAGACAAGAAUAUCAUUGGUAAACAUCCUUAGAGGAUUUUAGUGAAGCUCAGUACUAU